UAUACCCUUGAGGGUUCACACAAUAGAUAGGAACCAGCCGGCGUCCCUAGCUUCUCCCUUCAACAACCAAAUUUCUUGUGAUGCCAUGGUCCUGGGUAUCCUUACCGCAAUCGCAGCUUGUCCUGCAAUCAUUGGCACCACCGAAGCAGUCCGACAAGGCCAAAAGAAAUCCGCCAAAGAACAGCACAGAGGUGUGAAGUCGAACCUCGUUGUCUCUUGCCGCAGUUCAUCGACAGUUACGAGCCGGAUAAACGGGGGAAGCGUCGUUCUGCGGAAUCAGAAGCUAUAUAUCACAACACCUGCUACUGAGGGUCCAACCUCACAUACCUUCGCAGGAUAUUUCCUUCCCUUUCCUGACCAGGACUGGGGUCGCAAAGGGGAAGGACUUGUCUCGACCAUCAGCGAUGAACCUCCACAGUUGAACUGGAUAUACAUGGAUCAAGACACAUAUGAGCUCAAGUAUGGCAAUCGGAUAGAAUCUGAACCUCACCUUGUCGGACCUUGGGAUUGUACGAGGAUAGAUAAAAGACUUACCCUGGAUGGUUGGGAAGGCUUUAUGGCUGUAAGGGAGGAGAAGGGUGUAUGGUCGCUCUAUUUCGACCAAGACGACAACGGCUUAAAGGGCAAAGUCUUCGAGAAGACAAUGUUGGAAGUCGAGUUGACGCGGACGGAGAGAAGGAAGGGCAGAGACGAUGAGUGAGAUCAGUGCCGGAGCAGUUCGAAAGGAGCUUAUAGCAACCACGGAUUAUAGCUACAUUAAAUGCGUAAGCUCAGGAAAAGAAUCGAGGCCUUUUCGCG